CUCCGACCCCCUUCGACGGAGGCGCUCAUCCUGACCGCCCUCGCGACGAUACCCACGCCUUGUUCUCUGCCAGCGUGCUGCAAGAAGAGGCCGAAGAGCAAGCGCAGCGCGCCAUCGCCAUCGCAGGGUCAUCUAUGGUCACCUCAAGCGCUCCAAUUUCUCCAGGAUCGGGCUCGUCGCGCCAGCGCACCGCGACGGCCAGCCCGCCCUCGACGCCGCUCCAGGCGAUCUUCAAACCGCCGUCUCCGUCACCCCAAAACGGAUCUUUUCCGCCCUCCCCAAGCCCGCUCCAAAAAUCAUUCGAAGGGGCCGCGGGAGCCACUUCGUUACCUAGACGCCAAUCUGCUACGCGCGUGCAGUCUCCACUACGGCCGGGCGUGCUGCGGUCGACGACGGAUCCGAACGCGACGCCGGCGAACAAGGGCAAGCGGAAGGCGGACGAUGAUAUAGAGAGGACUCCGCCUGAGGAGCGGGAGAGGAAGGAGAAGCAGCGGACGACGUUCGCGCCCGAUCCUCGAGUCCAACGCAUAUCGAACACGGACUCGUCGCAUGCUCCGUCGUCUUACCACAGAAAGCGCCCGCGAGUGUCGAACCAGACCGCCUCCUCGUCCUCCAGCCGGCCCGCCAUCACCGAACAUCCCAGUCGCGACGGAUCGUGGACUAGCCGAUCUAGCGCGCCACCAAACGCGAUCAGACCGCCCUCGCGCACCAAGUCGACGCGCUCCGACCGGCGCGCGAUGUCUCCGGCGGCGCCCGCGGACGAGCGGGAAGACUCGCGCUCGGGCGUGUCGAUACCCAUCAGCGCGCUGAUAUCCCCCCACGCGCCGUCGAUCGUGUCGACCCCAGGACAGCGGUCGUCGUAUCACAUGCGUGACCCGCGCCGACCGCGCGUGCGUCCGACGCCGUGGGCGCUGUCCUUCGGGGCCGGCGAGGACGGCUUGGGCAGCCCCGUGCAAGCGUGGAUGUUUUUCAUCGGAUUUAUACUGUUUCCGCUUUGGUGGCUCGCGAGCGUGUGGCGGAUACCGGAGACGAGGAGCGUGGGCGGGCACGAUGCGGCGGAGAAGGCGGUCGUCGUCGACGAUCCGCAGAUCGAGCAUGAUGCACGCACUUGGCGCUUUCGCUGUCGGAUCAUGGCCGCCAUCUCUUUGGUCACUUAUAUCCCGUUCAUCGUCCUCGUCGCCAUCUUUGCGCCUCGGUGACCCCAAGCCCCCGUAUAUGCUGUCCUCCUCCUCCUCCUCCUCCCUCCUCUCACCCGCUCCGCCAUCAACGCUCUGCAAUGCUCUCGAGCUUCCGCUAUGCUAUGCUCUCUUCAACCCAUCAUUGUUGCCUUCGUCACCACCGUCGACUACAGCACAUGCGCACCUUUCCCAAUGCGCCUCGAACCACUCAAAGCCCGGCCUGGACACCUCUUCGUCUCUAUAUCUAUGUAUAUCGUCACCGGACGCUCAAACGCACACAUCGCACCACACAAAUCCCACUCUCUUGAACAAUCACUGUCUUUUCACUUUCCCUUGUUUAUGCGUCCUGCCGCGGCUGGGGCAUGUAGCAUACUGUCCCCUCCUCCACCGUGCGGCAAUCGUGACCCCCAAUUUCGUAAUGUAAGUAUAUUAGUUGCCAGUGUACGAGGAAGGGCGAUGAUACUCGAGAUAUCGCGCUCUUUUGUACCCGCAUUAGUAUGGUCGCUUGUCCUUGGUUGUGUUGUGUUUGACCACGCUCAUAGAAAUGCAAUGUUGUUGAUCC